ACCUACGGAAGGCAAACAAACCUGUUCUAGCUGCUAGCUAAGAUAACUAGUGGGCAUCGUCAACUCUCACGUAGUGACAUUUUAACGAACUAUUAUACCUGUAUAUGUACUACAUCAUUCCGUUUCGAUCAUGGACUUGAAGGAGAUCCUGUCACGACUUGAAAUCGGCAACGAAGUGGAGAUCGUGAAGGUUCUGCUCCAGUAUAAUCAAGAGAAUAGUCAAACUUUUACAUUUGACAAAAAUGAAGAAAACCUUCAAAUUAAGGUGUGUCGGAGUCUGUUGACGGCACUAGGAACCCAAGAGGGGCCGUGCUGCCAGAGGGCCUCCUUGGAGACCCUCCGCAUCCUGUCCAGGGACAAGCGGGCUCUGGAUCCCGUGGCCACCAGGGAGGGCCUGCUGGUCUUGGCCGGUCUGGCCCAGCUGCCCUCCGCCCAGGACGGCGCUGACCCAGCCGACAGUCUUCAGGAAGACACCCUGACGCCGGAGCAGGAGAGUGUGGUGGUUGAGGCGCUCAAGUGCCUGUGUAACGUGGUGUACAACAGCCCCGCGGCGCAGCAGGUCUGCGCCGACCUGAAGCUGGCACACAGUUUGUGCACGCACCUGCGCAGCCGCUGUGGCCGGCAUGCGGUCGGCCUGUUCUCGCUGCGCCUCCUCUUCCUGCUGACGGCGCUGCGGCCUGACGUGAGGGCCAGCCUGCAGAGCCAGCUGCCCGCCGUGCGGCUGCUCCGGGAGGUCCUCGAGCGCACGCUACAGGUGUGCUGGGUCGGGCCGUACGAGGCCGGGGCCCCGGAGCCAGAGGCCACACCCCUUCCCACUGAGGACAAUGAGCGAGCCAUGGAGGCCCUGAAGGCCAUGUUCAACCUCACCUUGACGGACCCCGCUGAAGAGGAUGGGCAGCACCAGGUCCGCCUGAUCAUCGGCGUCAUGAGGCACCUCCUGCUGCUGAGGACAGAGACGGAGGAGAAGACGGAGGAGGCUCACAGCCAUGCAGUGAAUCUUCUGAGCAACCUGCCCGCCGGCUGUCUGGACGUGCUGAUCGAUGUUCCCGUUCAGGGAGGCCAGGAGCAGUACGGUGGAAACAACAUGGCCGCCGUCCAAGUGCUCCUGGAUUUCUUGGAGAAGCGGAUCGACAAGCAGGGGUCCAACUAUAAGGAGGGCCUGACGCCGGUUCUCAGCCUGCUGACCGAGGGCUCCCGGCGCCACAGACACAUCCGCAGGUUCAUUAAGGCCCAGGUGCUCCCCCCGCUGAAGGAGGCCAAGGUGCGGCCGGAGAUCGGCACCACGAUCCGGAACAAGCUGGUGCGCCUGAUGACCCACGUGGACAUGGGCGUGAAGCAGGGGGCCGCCGAGUUCCUCUUCGUCCUCUGCAAGGAGAGCGUGGACAACCUGUUAAAGUACACCGGCUACGGCAACGCGGCUGGACACCUGGUGGCCAAAGGCCUACUGGCCGGGGGGCGUGGAGAGACCAAGUACUCUGACGACGAGGACAGCGACACAGAGGAGUACAAAAGUGUUAAACCCUUAAUCAACCCCAUCACCGGACAUGUUGAGGAGCCCAUGCCUAACCCCAUGGAGGAGAUGACGGAGGAGCAGAAGGAGUACGAGGCCCAGAAGAUGGUCAUCAUGUUGGACGAGCUGAUCAGGAAGGGGGUGAUCCAGCCCAUGGGGGUCAGGAAGGACUGCACCGUGGCCCCCCUGGAGGAGACCCUGCGCCAGCACACCCACGAGAGCUCCGGCUCUGACACAGACUAGCCCCCCCCCCGUUUCCUAGGAUACUUCAAUUAGACCGCUGACGUAGGCCCCUGACGAAGGACUUCCUUUCUGCUGGAGCUCUAUUGGCGUCUCUGAAGGUGAUGCCCGACAAACUGCCACCACAUCCCGUCGAAGGAGCCCUGAGCCAACGGCCCACCGCUCCAGCUGACCUCUGUGCACUGCCUUUUACUAAUAGUCUUUGUAUCCUUUAAUGGCAUAGAAACCUGUUGCUAUAGUAACAGCCGCAAUUCUGUUGAUCUUGUCGUACGACUGCACACACCGGCCCAGAACGAGGGUGUCUCCGGCCUGCUGAGGGGGUUUGUCGGGCGGUGGGAGCUCCCAGAGCCGUAAGCAGAGGGAGGGAUGCAGCGUGGCACUUCAUGUUCAGGGUCUUCACGUUUAGUUGGUUCCCUCAGUGUGCACCUUUCCCAUGUAAACAUUGUUUAAAGAUGUAGGUAGAACCCCCAUCCUGGUUGCUGCUUUAUGUAGAGCCCGCUGUGGCCGCCAGGAACAUGGCGAAAACUGUUUUGUGAAAAUAUAAAUUGCAAAGAAAAAAAACCAAAUUAUGUAGCAUUUGUCAAUAAUAGUAAAUCAGAACUUGCCAUAUUUAUUAACUUAAUGAGUAACAUUGGAUUGUUUUUGCCUUAUCUUGAUUGCUUGCUUAUUUAAUCAUUGUUUUCUUUUGCCACAAUGAGUGUAUAUUCUUUGUUCUGUAUUUGAGAGAUGAAUACCUUACUAUUGCUGCAAUAUUGUUGGUUGAACAGAGCUCAAGGUCGCAUGGUCGCCCAUAGCGAUAUGAUGUGGGAGUGUGUUCGCUGAGCAUCCAUAAAGUUAGACAAUGAAUGGAGGAUUCUCUUAACUUAUAAGUAAUGGAUGUGUCACUUGUUGAUCUUUUGGUUGCCUAACACUGUCUGAGUGCAUUUGUAGAGUACACUGCCUUGUUUUGUUACACAAAUGGUAUUUUAUAUCGCGUGGAUGAUUCCACUUGUUUUUUUCACCUCUGCAUACCUGAAGUGGAUGCUUAAUAAACGUCAAGGUUUCCCCCAUAGAAAGCAAACAAUUGGAAGAGUCCUAAUGCUUCUGAUGCACAUGUUGCAGACUAACCACUUUUUCACCGCUUCUCUUGCAAUGUUAUUAAAGCCAGAAAGAAGGAAUCGAUUGUCAUUAAAGUUAACCAGCAGAUUGUGUCGUCGGUCAAAUAUGUCUGGUAAAGUCCACCUGCCACUUGUUCUCUAACCUUGGAAGAGAAAGGUUCUUCAUGUUGUUGAUAGGACUCCUGACUGUAUGGUUAGACGUAAAGAUUACAUGAACAGGAGAGGCGAGACCAACGCUGUAAAAUUCUUUAUUAGUUCAACUUAUUCUGUAAGUUGUAAGUGCUUAAAAUUCAAUAUUCAUACAAGUGAACUGUACAUGGAAAUAUUGCAAACAUAAACCAUCUUUACAAAGACCACCCACGCCCUUUGCCAUGCAAACCACUGGAAAGAAACUGAUAUGAUAUGAACACAUGGAGUAGACAAUGCAUCACAGAUAGUUAUCUCUGCAUGCUAAAAAUAACCCUGUUGCCAUUCCAGUGUAUUAUGGGCUGGGCAGUGAUGUGUUCUGUGUCUUCGCUGCCUUUAGGAAGCAGAGCUCAUUCAGGCUCAGAGCCGUUCUCAUGUUUUACCGACGGACUAGCGCUGCAGACGGGAGUAUGACGCACCACAAGACAACGGUGUAACGUGCUCACAAGUCAAACGGCGGAGCUGACAGAAGCCCUGAAGAUGAAGUGACACACUUUCAAGCCCGGGCUUAAUCCACACGACUGACGAUGGCUCUUGACUGGGUGGGGGGCCCCACCCAGUCUCCCUGGCUCCUCAUGAGCUCCUCGAUCUCCGCGCUCCACCCCAGUAAGUGGGCCAUGCGCUGCACCGAGUCCAGCAGGUUUCCCAGCUCCAAGUGGUCCGCCCUGCGGAGCGGCGUCUUCAGGAAGGGCCCCACGGCGUGGCGGUUCAGCAGCAGACGGGGGACCGAGGCCCGGACUGUGUUCACCAGGCUGGCAAAGGGCUCGAUCUGGGGCACAGAAAACAGGUGAGACCUGGGGCCGGCAGCGGUCCCCCUACAUGUAUGGAGAGCACAGCUGCAGAGGCCCUUCAGCCUGCUGUGAGUUCCUAACGCUCUGCAGGCUGGAGGAGGAGCCAGAUCAUUAGUCAAUGAUUACCUUUAAUGUACUCCAUACCUUUUUCAAAACAUUUACAUUACAGAGGAAUGAGAUUGACAUAAUAGAUCAGAACAAUAAUAAUUCUUCCUUGGCGUUCAUAGGUUGGUUCUACAUUGCAUGCAGACACUAUCUGUAAAGCCUUCUCUGAAACGGGGAACACAUGAGGGACGGAUUGUCCAACUUGAACAAAAGAGUUUUUGUUUUACCUGUAACGAUGUUCCCAUAAUGAUCAGGAGAUCUGCUUUGGGGAAGUCUUCAGAAUGCAGGAAGUACUUCUGUGGAAGGUCUUCUCCGAAGAAAACCACGUCUGGCUUCACCGUUCCGGCACAGAAAGAACACGUGGGCACCUCGCCACUCAUGAUGGCCACCUGUGGAGGCAGAGUGAUGCUUUAACCCCUAGCCAGGAAGGGCUGGGUGGUUCUUGGAGCAUGGCGACCUCUGACCUUGGCGUCUUCAGCGGGGUAGGGUGUGUAACACAGGUGACACGAAGCGGUGGUGAAGUUACCGUGGGCUUCCACCAGCUUAUCCUCAGGAAUGCCGCACACUUUGGACCCCAAUGAAAAUGGUUGCAAACGUAUCAAACAGACGUUUUGACAGUUUUCAGAGAAUUCUGAAUAACAGUGCUUAAUAUUGAAGCACUACACACUCGCGCCUAGGGGUGUGACGAUACACUCAGCUCACGAGACGAGACACGAUAUUGGGUUCACGAGAACGAGACGAGACGAGAUUUUAAGAAAACUACAAUGACAAAAUAUAUGACUGGACCAACAGACUUUUAUUUAACCAAGUCGCGCAUGCAUUUUGAAAUGUUUUAUUAUAACUCUUUACAUGCAUGAAAUUGAAACUAAAACUAAAAUUUAUUCAAAAUUUAAGUGCAAACAAUAUUAUGUGCAAAACCGUUUUCGCGGUUAUUCAGCCUCUUCUUCUCCUCCGGAAAAACACGACCGCAUUGCAUUGUGGUAUACGGGAGUAACAUGUAGGGUACAUCGUAUGUACACUCAAAUUUUGGGUAUUUCAAGUGCAUUAUAUAUAGUGCAUGAAAUUAACCACUGAGAAUUCGAACACCACAACAAAAUGGCGAGCACCCUAUAUAGUACACUAUAUCCGUGAUAGGGAACGAUUUCGAACACAGCUUAUGGCUGCUUUCGAUGCUUCCCCUCCUUCUCCUCCUCUUCUUUUCCUUCGUCUUCUUUAGGUUCUGGCAGGCUAGAUGUAGAAAAGGCGCAUUAAUGCCUCCACAGGCGACAAAUAGGA